AUGACGGACAAAUGGCGGGGUUGGCUCUACACACAUUCGAGUGCAAGCGACGACGGAUGGAAGCGCGUGUGCAAGCUCUCCUCCUCCGCCACAUCGGCUGCCAUCCUUCCCGAGGAGAUACGAAUGGUCCUCUUCAAGCGCUCUGCGGUCGAGGAGAGAGAGCGUCGGUACCUGAGCGCGUUGGGGGAGCCGGUUCCCCACGAGAGGGAGCGCCUGCUUUCCUCGAACGGAUGGCACUCGUUCGAGCUCAGUGUGCGCACAGCCAAAGCCCGAGAGGCCGACUUGCGACGGCUGGUGCGGCUCGGCGCCUUCAUGGCUGAGCGCGGGCGUGUCGGUGUGCUCAAGCUUCCCGGAGGCGCCUCGGUCGUGAUGCACGAGAUUGCGACGGUCGAGCUGCCCCUCGAGGCUGGCGGCCCGGAAGUCGUGGUUCGCUGCGGCUUGGCGCUUGGCACCGCCUCCGCCAGCGCCGCCGCGGCCGAGCUCUCGCCUCCACCGCCCGACACAGCCACGGCCGCGGCGGAGAUUGAGGCGGUCGUCGCCGCGGCGCACGCCACUCUUGAGCCCCAGCCCGCCACCUCCAGCGCCGCCCUCCCCGCUACCUCCAGCGCCGCCACCUCUGGCACCGCCCUCAAGAACUCCGGCGCCGCCUCCAGCGCCGCCCUCUCCGAAGCAGCCGCGGCAGUCGCCGCCGCCGCCGGCCGAGUGCUCUGGCAUUUCCCCUCCCUGCUGCUCGCCGACGACUCCUCCCCCCGCACGACCGACGACUACCCGUCCUUCAGCGACUCCUCCCUCUUCGGCGCCAACGCCUACUACCCGUUCGGCCCG